AUGGCCGAUAACUCCAACAGCACUUCGACCCCUUUGGGAGUUAAGAGCUCGUCGUCGUUGAAUACCACCAACAACAUCCCCCCGAUUCCAUCCUCUCCGCCUCCGCGAAGCUCAGCCAAGGAACGUCGAAACCCGUCCAUCACCCCCAGGAAAUUCAGACGCUUCUUUACCCCCCGAGUCAUAGCCAACACCAACCACAACAACAACCCCAGCGCUUCCCAAAGGGCUCUUCGUGAUCUAGCCGGUCCUCUGCUACAACGAGGCCAUACACCAUCCAGUCCUCUUAGGCCCAUCUCGGAAGAGGAGAUCCCCGAUGUGCUACCGAGCCUUCAGGAUGGCCAGAGAAGCUCCAAGCGUCGAAAGGUCACCCAUGCUUCAACGCCCAAGAGGGCUGAGGCAUCUCACGUACCCCACCUACCCUCUCCUGCGGCCACAUCCCCAGCGUUACUUCCAACUCCCGAGUUGAGGCGCGAUCGUCUCGGCAGUCCCAUCCACUCUGUUCGGAAGCUGCCAUCCCAAUUGGCCCUUGAUGGAGAUGAGGCUGAGUCGGAAGAAAGUGAUGAGGAUGAGCAAGAGUUGCCAACCACAAGGCGUCGGCCAAACCGCGCGCCUCUACAGUUGGAUCGUCGAGGAGUGGGGGCUCAACUGGUGCAGAGAUUGACAGGUGGUAUGCCUGGUCCUGGAAACAGGAACUUGUCCUGCCCAGUUUCUGACUGGCGGUCGGAAACGUCAGACUUUUAUAGUCGCCGAGAGGACGCUCACUUUAUGACCAGCCACGAAGGACACCCUCGCAGCAUCCCUUUCUGCACCACAAGCUGCAAUACCAAGAGUAUUGUUGCUGUAGGUGACGAGGAAGGGUAUGUGCGUCUGUUGGACACCCAGAAUGAGUUCUCCCAGAUCAACAUGUCGUUCCAGGCACAUGGCAACGCCAUCAUUGACAUGGCCUUCUCCGACGAUGACUUGCUUCUUGCCACAGCUUCUGGUGACCAGACAGGUAAAGUAUUGGACUUUGUAACGCAACAGCCCAUUUCGAUCUUGGGUCACCACACCGCAUCCCUCAAACAAGUCCGUUUCCAGCCGGGCCGCGGCGCCAACUCUGUCCUCGCCACGACUAGUAGAGAUGGCAGCGUACAGAUCUGGGAUCUCCGUUGCCGAGGUGGGCCGGUGCAAGACGUUGCUAUCCGCUCUGAAGCUGGCCUUCACGCUCGUCUUCCUCGCACCCCUAACCCGGGCUGCGUUGUUAACAGCAUCUAUGAUGCCCACUCACGUAUUCCCCAGAAACAGGCUCGCAAUCUGCUUCCCGGCGCCAGUAACGUCGAUGUAGCUCGGAUAGGCGAGGUGCCUGGUCGCAUUGGUGAAGUCUCCGUCACCGCUCUCCAGUUUCUUCCUCCUGGUAGGGAACACCUCUUCCUCACAGCCUGCGAAGCCGACGCCAGCGUCAAGCUCUGGGACAUCCGCGCCGUGCACACCAGCCGCCACCACAAAUACAGCACGCCCGUCUCCUUCACAGCGCCCCUGCCCAGCCACGCCAGCUGGCGUCCCUUCGGCAUCUCCUCCAUGGCCCUCGGCGGCGAUGGCUCCCGCCUCUACACCCUCUGCAAAGACAAUACCGUCUACGCCUAUAGCACCGCUCACCUCGUCCUCGGCCACGCUGUCGAGCUAGCCGCCGCCCGCCCCGGCGAGGAGCCCCCACGCCGUCGUCACCACCACGGCACCGCGCACGAGGGUCUCGGACCCCUCUACGGCUUCCGCCACCCGCUCUUCCACGCUACAUCUUUCUACGUCAAGUCCGCCAUCCGGCCCGCUAGGCACGGCCACUCGGAACUUUUGGCAGUGGGAAGCAGCGAUGGUGCCGCCGUCCUCUUCCCCACCGACGAGCGCUACAUUAGAGAAGCUUUUGCCUGGCAGCGCCAGCACCCCAACCAGGAAGACGAUGAUUCCUAUCUCAUCGGCGAACCCACCUCUUGCAUCCCCAUCACGCCCGCUCGUCCUCGUCUUACCCGCAGCGCUACCACCUCGCUUUUGUCAUCCUCAUCAAUGUCCAUGUCUUCGUCGUCAGGACGACCGGGAACCAGCUCCUCGGCGAGCUUGUUUGGUAUCAAGGGAGGUCAGUCGUCAAACACACCCAUCGUCCGCCGCGGCACGCCGCUUGUAAGGGGGCACGAGAAGGAAGUGGGCUCGCUUACGUGGGCGCUGGAUGGCAGCUUGGUGACGGCCAGCGAUGACUACCUGGUGAGAUGCUGGCGCGAGGGUCGCGAGGAGGCGAAGGAUUUGAGGACAGGUGGUGAGACUGGCGGACGGAGGUGGGGUUGUGGAUGGGCGGAUGUCGGUGAUCAGUGGGAUGGAGAUGUUGAUGAUUGGUAA